UGCUCCUUCCUGCGGCCCCAACUACAUCUCUGAAGCCUCAAACGGGCCUUGCCAUUGGUGUCAUUCCUACUACUUUGACAUCCCUCCUAUUGAGGUUCUACUCAAAGUUGAAGCAAGUUUUUUAUACAAGGUUUCUGAUGGCACUUUUAUUCCUUACCGCCGCUUUCGGCGUGGUUGUCCAAGCAGUGGCCUUUGAGUCAACUGUAGCACAACCAACGGAUGUGUCGAUACCGCAUCAAACCAUUCAGAAAGCAGAAGUAACAACGCCGCCCAAUCCAUCUGCCGUGCGUGAACUCUUGAGGAGAGCAGAGGCACAAACCGUUCUUGUAGGACCAGAUAACACUUGCGGUUAUGUCAGUGGAUCAUUUGGUGCCGCUUACACGUGCCAGGUCACCACUGGGUACUGUGCUUUGUUGACUACUGCUGGUCUCGGAGCGGUCGCUUGCUGUGGAGCUUCCGGCUGCGAUUUCAUAACGGAUUGCAGAGAUGCAGAGCAGGUGGAUGCCGGAAUCUGUAAUGCAGCGUGUAUGAACGACAUAUACACAGCAAAAUGCACAGCUUCUUCUGCCCCCUAUUGCGGAACGGUUCGAUUCCUCAAUAGUAUUACCGACUACUUUUGCCAUUCCCUCAGCUAUUCUACUGUCAUGGACGUCUUAACCACGUAUUCUGGUGAGACCGACAGCAGAUCUUACUCCGAGCUUGUCAUCACCUUGACCGACAGUUCUUCGUCACGAAUUACCAGUGCCAGAGCAUCUGGCUCAGCAACGAGGUCAGCGAGCAGCGGCACAGCAACUUCAGAUACUGGGUCGUUGGGAGGCUCAUCCAGCGAUUCUUCUGGUGGCAGCAGCUCCUCCAGCGGAAGCAGCAGUAGUGGUGGCAGCGGUGGGGGAUCAUCUGCCCCUAUCGGCGCCAUUGUUGGAGGAGUUGUUGGGGGUGUUGCCGUGUUGGCGUUAAUUGGCCUCGGAAUUUGGUUGAUCUCGCGACGUAAUAGGAGGAACAAGGCUGCCGCUGCUUCUGCUGCUGGCUACCCCCCAGCGCAGCAAUACCCUACACCGGGAGCUCCUUCCCCCGGCCCCGGUGCGGCGGCUGCUGGCCACCAGUCUGUCUACAAUCCUCCAUACCCUCAACAGCAGUAUCCGUCACCGCAGGGAUAUCAGCAGCCGCAGGGUGCUGGGUACUUCCCCAAUCAAGAGAAGCCCGUGGAACCCUACGCUGUCGGGCACGCUCCCGUCCAGCCAAGCAGUCCGAUGUCUCAGGCUACAGAUCCUCGGUAUAGCUUACAGCCGUCGAGCCCAACGUCGACAAUGAAUUCCUUCCAGCCGCAGCACACUGGUAAUACUUAUCAGACACAGAGCCCGAAUGUCCCAUCUACCGUAUAUGAAGCGGGUGGCGAUGCAGUGGGCACGCAGGGGCCGAACGCGAAUCAUCGGGGUCAGUUCCAUGAGUUGAGCUAGGUAAUACACAGUGGAUACCCUUAAAUUUUCUCAGUCUUCGAGAUACCGGACGAAAGUGGAGUGAACAUUAUGUUUGGGUUCGUUUAAUGCACAUAUUUGCACUGAAAGAGAUCUAGGGGGUUCUUAUAUGUUCUUCGUCAGAUCGUAUUUAUCAUCAU